AACAGGAAAUCAGGCCGGUACAUCGCUCCGAACAAAGUUAAUAAACUGGACCAGCCGGAACCGACCCCGGGCAGCAGCAAAAAGCAGCAGGAACAUGCACUACCCUGAUAGAUCAACGGCGUGUCCUCCCAGGCUCAGAUAGUCCAAGGAGAGGCGAUCCAGGUCUUGCAAAAGUCUUGCAUGCAAACAUGUUUGAAUGAUAAUGUGCGCAGAUGACUUACAGAAAAAUCACUCUGUCAUAUUAGUAAAACAAACAGUCACAGUUAGAGACAGAAGGAGACGUGUGCUGCCAUAUUGGUUCCUAAUUGAAACUCAAGACAGUGUCAUCCUUGUAAUGCCCAGAAAUGUGUCUGUUAAAAAAACACUUGUGACUGUGCUGAAUUAAAAAAAAAAUAUAUAUAUAUUAUGUGUUUUUACAAUCAUGUGCCAUGUGACUUUUUGUCAUUUGCAAAAAGAAUUGCACAUGCAGAUACACUUAAUACGCCAGGAGAACUGUAGUAACUAAGAGGCUGUGUUUUGUCACUUCUUUACACUGUAACUUCACAAUAUAAUUCAUUAUUAUGUUUAUGUGGCUGUUAAUAUACAACCAGCUGAAAAUCUUCUGGCCAUGAAAGGGUUAAGCAAGACUCUGUUAUGUAAUUGCUGAAUAAUGUGCAGCUGAGCUUUCAGACUCCUGGAAUGAGGGUCAGCUUUCUGAACUGAAAACCCUUUCUGUAUUUUAUUAACAAAAGAAUCAGUUUUACUCUGUGUGGCACUAUCUUCAAAGUUGUAAAUAUCUGUACUGACUGUUUAACUCAGUGAUUAUUUCCCUGUGUGUCAAAACACAUGGGAGAAACUACAAGUCAGGAAGUGGGUGGAGAGUUAAAAGAGUGCAGACCGUGUGAGUGGCAGGGCAGAAAGCAGGUUUUCUGAAAACAGGACGCAGGAAGAACACAAGAAGACGCAACAUAAAAAGAAACAUAGAGGAUAAAAGAGACUAAAAGCAAGGAAACUGAACAAGGGCAAACCAGACAGGAGACUGAAGGAGAAUAAAGAGAAACAAAGGAGGCUGUUUUGGAGGUCGGAGAAAUUGGCAGCAAAAUAGAAAGAGAAGAGUGAAUAUAACAACACAAUGACAUUCCGGCUGUUUGAGGGGAAGGACCAUGCCUCCAUCUACCAAAAGUAUCGCUUUACGCCUCCGGAAGAGGUCAAGAACAUUAUUCUUCAGUACCUAAAUACAAAGAAAGGACAGCCACACGUGUUGGCGGUGGAUCUGGGAUGUGGGACAGGUCAGAAUUCCCGGCUACUGGCCCCGCACUUCCAGGAGGUGGUGGGCAUCGACGUCAGUGAUUGUCAACUGGAGGUAGCCAGAGCUGUGCCAGGUUACCCUAACGUCACAUACAGGAAGGGGACUGCAGAGGACCUUCAUUUUCCAGAUGGCUCUGUUGACUUGUUGACAGCAGCGUCAGCGGCCCACUGGUUUGAUCAGUCGAGGUUUCUGGCUGAGGCAAGUCGGGUUUUAAAACCCAGGGGUUGCAUGGCUCUGCUUGGCUUCGCUGAUUCUGACACCAGACUUCACUAUCAGGACUGUGGAGAAAGACUCAAUCACAUCUAUGAAGAGGUGAAGCAGGUGCUGUUGCCAUACACUAGCAACCAAGUAGCUGUGUCUGAAAGUAAGCUGGAAGACCUCUACACAGCCAUUCCUUUUCCAGACAAAGAGAGGAUUGAGUGUAUUUGGGUGAACCUGACAAUCUCGGUGAGGAACCUGGUGGGUUUCAUCACGUCCUGGUCCAUGUUCCAAGCUUACAAGACGAAAGAUCCUCAGGCUGCUGAAGACCUGCUGCUCAACACUCAGAAGAGGUUUCUGGAGGAGAUGGGAGUCACUUCUCCUGACACUAAAAUGGACUUGAAAAUGGGAUAUUUCUGUGUCCUGGCAUCAAAACCGCAAUAAUCAACAAUGUGGCACUGGCUGUGUGAUUCUUGGAGUAGGAUCUUUCAAAACGUUUCACAAUAGAACAGAGGAUUCCUUACAGCCUUGAAUGCACACUGAGAGGUUACAUAACUGGAAAUUCUUUUGAAAUAUAACAUGCCUACCACUGUUUAUUCACAGAAGGGGUUCUAAGAUGUUUUAGCUAAAGUGAGAAGUCAUUUAGUUGGGGUAUUUUCUUUAGCCAGGCCCCUCGUGACAUACUUGGUGGUCCAUUUACUUUACUGCUUCAGUGCUCUUCCUUUAUUCUUUGCUCUUUCUCAGUAGGUGGAAGCCUGCUUGCUGCUGCUGACAGUUUGUAUUGUGCCUAUAUUGUGCAACGUAAAAGAAGCCACAGUAACUUAUGUUUAUGGUACAGCUUUUUAUGAAGAUUUCUGUGUUUUAAAAUCUACAGUAAUUAUCUUUUCAAUAACAAAUCUUAAGAAAUAGAAUAUGCACAGGAACAGAUAUUGGGUAACCAAUGUGUAAUGUUGAAAGCUGAAACUCCAGUUAGCAACAACUGACAUCUCACAUCAUAAGGGGCACAUUUAAAGCAGCACUAUGUAACUUUUGAAAGAAAACAUAACACAUUCUUUCCUUUAUUUUGCCUCACUUAGCCUGGUAUGACGAGUAGCUCAUGGUCACUAAUGUUAGCAAACUUUGGAUAUAUAUUUGCUGUGUAGGUGACAUUAUUGAGAUAUUUUGUAGUUUAGGGGGGUUAGACUUUUUACUUGUGCUACUGUUAAACUAUGUUUUAGCACAUCAUGCACGUUUUGGAGACUAACUGAAACUGAAAAAAUGUAUUCAUGCAGUUGAGCAAUAAAGUCGUUGUUGAAAUGUC